AUGAGCCGCCAAUUUAGUUCUCAAUCUGCAUUCAGCUCAAGGAGCAGGCGGGCCUAUAGCAACAGGUCUUUCUCAGGCUCUGGUGGUAGGAGUCGGGCGGCGGGGUCUGUGAGUCAGGCCCAGGGGAGGUGUGAUUCUGGUGAAUAUGGGGGCCACGGAAGAGGGUUUGGCUCUAGGAGCCUCUUCAACCUGGGUGGCAGUAAAAGCAUCUCCAUGGGCCUGGUGGGGAGAAGUGCCAGUGGUUUCCAUCAGGGUGGGAGAUUUGGAGGUGCUGGCCUUGGAGGAGGUGGUUUAGGGGGUGCAGGAUUUGGGGCUAGCAAUUUUGGGCCUGGGGGCUUUGGUCCUUCAUUUUCGGGGGGCAUCCAUGAGGUGACCAUUAACCAGAGCCUCCUAGAGCCACUCCACCUGGAGGUGGACCCUGAAAUUCAGAGGAUCAAGAGCCAGGAGAGGGAACAGAUUAUGGUUCUCAACAACAAAUUUGCCUCCUUUAUUGAUAAGGUGCGGUUCCUGGAGCAGCAGAACAAGGUGCUACAAACAAAAUGGGAGCUGCUGCAGCAGGUGGACAUCUCAACACGGACCAGCAACCUGGAAACUCUCUUUGAGAGCUACAUCAGCGGGCUGUGGAAGAACGUGGAUUUUCUUAAUAAUGAGCAGAUGCGCAAAAGCUCAGAGAUCAGGAGCAUGCAGGAUGUUGUGGAGGACUACAAGAACAAGUAUGAGGAAGAAAUCAACAAGAGGACCAGCUCUGAGAAUGAGUUUGUGGUUCUGAAGAAGGAUGUGGAUGCUGCUUAUGUGAGCAAAACAGAUCUGGAAUCCAAAGUAGACACAUUGCUUGGGGAGGUCAAUUUCCUGAAGUAUUUAUUUCAAAUGGAGCUGUCCCAGAUGCAGACCCAUAUCAGCGACACCAAUGUCAUCCUAUCCAUGGACAAUAACCGCACCCUGGACCUGGACAGCAUCAUCGAAGCAGUGCAGGCUGAGUAUGAGCUGAUUGUACAGAGGAGUAAGGAUGAGGCUGAGUUGUUGUACCAGACUAAGUACCAGGAACUCCAGAUCUCAGCAGGGAGACAUGGCAACGACCUGAAAAAUACCAAGAUGGAGAUUGCUGAGCUCAACCGCAACAUCCAGAGGAUGCAGGCAGAGAUUGGCAACGUCAAGAAGCAGAUCGAACAGAUGCACUCUGCCAUUUCGGAUGCAGAGGAGAGAGGACAGCGGGCCCUUGAGUAUGCAAAACAGAAGCUGCAGGACAUGGACGAGGCCCUGCAGCAGUCCAAGGAGAACCUGGCCCGGCUGCUGCGUGACUACCAGGCAAUGCUGGGGGCCAAGCUGUCCCUGGAUGUGGAGAUCGCCACCUACCGCAAGCUGCUGGAGUGUGAGGAGAGCAGGAUGUCGGGAGAGAUGCAGAGCCAAGUAAGCAUCUCGGUGCAGAGCAGCCAGGUGACCCUGAGCGGCGGUGCUGGAGGAGGCUCCGGACGUCAUGGAGGCGGCGGCUACAGCGGCGGCGGCUACGGCGGCGGCGGCUACGGUGGCGGCGGCGGCGGCGGCGGUGGCUCCGCGAGCGGCAGCGGAGGGAGCUACAGAGCCAGCAGCAGGAGCAGCAGCAAGUACGGCGGCGGCGGCAGGAGCGGCGGCGGCGGCGGCUCCUCGCGCACGCAGAUCAUCCAGACCUCCACCAGCUCCUCCCGCAGGCGGGUCGUGGAGCAGAGGCCCAGCUGA